CAGCGCCUGGUAUUGCCCAAGGCACAGGGUGACUCCUCCCCGGGGACCCUCCCCUCCAGGGCGCGUCACUCUCCCCACCCCUGGGUCCGAACCCCAGCAGCUUCCCGUGCCUGAGCCACGCUGGGACAAGUCAGGGCCACCUGCCCAGGAGCCGCGGACCUCGGGCGCCUACAGCCCGGGUCCCCAUGGAGCUGCGGGUCGCCAACGCCAAUGGCAGCUGCGAGAACGGUUCCAUAGUCAGCCUCUACUGCUCCUCCCAAGAGGUCCUCUGUCAGAUUGUAAGAGGCAUAAGCCCCGACGAGCCUAACAAUGCCACUGUGAUCACCUGGCAAGAGAGGGUCAGGAAGAAGUAUGGCUUCUACAUCGGUGUGGGCUUCGCCUUUCUCUCCUGCUUCCUCAUUGGCACCAGCGUCAUCCUUAAGAAGAAGGGCCUCAUUCGACUUGUGGCCACAGGGGCCACGAGAGCAGUGAAUGGAGGCUAUGGCUACCUGAAGGACCCAAUGUGGUGGGCUGGAUUUGCUACCAUGUCUGCUGGAGAAGUUGCCAACUUCGGGGCCUAUGCAUUUGCACCUGCGACAGUGGUCACGCCGCUGGGAGCACUGAGCGUCCUCAUAAGUGCCAUCUUCUCCUCCUAUUGCCUGGGAGAAAGCCUGAAUCUACUGGGGAAGUUGGGCUGUGUGAUCUGUAUGGCUGGCAGCACAGUGAUGGUCAUACAUGCCCCCAAGGAGGAGAAGAUCACUACUGUCACAGAGAUGGCUUCCAAGAUGAAAGACACAGGGUUCAUCGUGUUUGCUGUCCUUCUGGUGGUGUCCUGCCUCAUCCUCAUCUUCAUUGUCGCCCCACGCUAUGGACAGAGGAAUAUCCUUGUUUACAUCGUCAUCUGCUCUGUGAUUGGAUCCUUCUCUGUGAUCGCCGUCAAGGGGCUGGGCGUCACCAUUAGGAACUUCUUCCAGGGCUUACCCGUUGUUCGGCACCCCCUCCCCUACAUCCUGUCCCUCAUCCUGGGACUUUCCAUCAUCAUUCAGGUCAACUUCCUCAACAGAGCCCUGGAUAUUUUUAACACCUCACUGGUCUUCCCCAUCUACUAUGUUUUCUUCACCACGGUGGUAGUGGUCUCCUCCAUUGUCCUCUUCAAGGAGUGGUACACCAUGUCUGCUGUGGACAUUGUGGGCACCCUGUCUGGCUUUGUCACCAUCAUCUUAGGGGUUUUUAUGCUUCACGCUUUCAAAGAUUUGGACAUCAACCAAAUCAGCUUGCCACACACACACAAAAACACAACUCCAGCUCCUGCCCCAGAGCCCACGGUCAUUAAACUAGAAGAUAAGAAUGUCCUUGUGGACAACAUAGAACUUGCCAGCACACCAUCUCCACAACAGAAGCCCAAAGUAUUUAUGAUCCAUUCUUAAAGCCUGGAGUAUAUGAAUAAGAGGAGGCACCCGAUGGUCCAGCCUGACCUCUCAAGUUCAAAACUACCUGGUUACUUUCAGCACAUCUGUUGCCGAGGGCUAUCUCUUUCUGAGAUAUUCAUUUAUACCUCACUGCUGUUCCUAGAAGAAGAA